AUGACUAUAGCUAAUGUGGAAAUCCCCCCUUUAAAGAAAGUUCCAAGUAAAGAAGUUGCAUUCACAACUGAUAAAUAUCCAACUUUACAAAGAAAUCCAAAUUUUAACCAACUUUCUUCAGAGGAUAUUUUGUUUUUCAAGUCAAUAUUACCUUCUAAUAGUCUAAUCAUUGAUAAUGGAAAUAAUUCUGAUGAUCUAGCACCUUAUAACUUAGAUUGGAUGAAAAAAUAUAGAGGAAAGUCUUGUUUAGUGGUUAAACCUAAAACAACACAACAAGUUUCCCAAUUGUUAAAAUAUUGUAAUGAAAAAAAGUUGGCUGUUGUACCUCAAGGCGGUAAUACAGGGCUUGUUGGUGGUGGUGUUCCAGUUUUUGAUGAAAUUAUUAUAAAUACUAGUAAUCUAAAUCAAAUAAAAAGUUUUGAUUCUAUUUCUGGGGUUCUUACAUGUGAUUCUGGCUGUAUCCUAGAGGUCCUUGAUAAUUAUUUGGCUGAACAAGGUUUUAUGAUGCCAUUAGAUUUGGGUGCAAAAGGAAGUUGUCAUAUUGGUGGUAAUGUUGCAACAAAUGCUGGUGGAUUAAGACUUUUACGAUAUGGAUCUUUGCAUGGCAGUGUACUAGGAUUAGAAAUUGUACUUCCAGAUGGGACAAUUUUAGAUAACCUUUCUACUCUUCGUAAAGACAAUACUGGUUAUGAUCUAAAACAAAUCUUUAUUGGGUCAGAAGGUACUCUUGGAAUAAUUACUGGUGUGUCUAUCUUAACACCUCAGCGUCCUAAAGCUGUUAAUGUUGCAAUAUUCGGAUUGAAUUCAUUUGAAAAUGUUCAAAAGGCAUUUAUUAAAUCAAAGCAAGAGUUAUCAGAAAUUCUUUCUGCUUUUGAAUUCUGGGAUCUUUCUGCUCUUAAAUUGGUUGAAUCAAUUCACAUUCAAGGAACAAGAUUCCCAUUAGAAAAUAAAUAUCCCUUUUAUGUAUUAGUAGAAAUUAGUGGAUCAAAUAAGGAUCAUGAUGAAGAAAAACUUCAGAAUUACUUGGAAACUUUGUUGUCACAAGAAAUUGUAGAAAAUGGUGUUGUUGCACAAGAUGACACUCAAAUCAAAAAUUUUUGGACAUUUAGAGAAAUUAUUCCAGAAGCAUGUAGUAAAUCAGGUGCCGUUUAUAAAUAUGAUAUGUCAAUGCCAGUUCCAGUUCUUUAUCAGAUGGUUGAAGAUGUAAGAGAACGAUUGUCACAAGCUGGUGUUUUUGGUGAUGACAAGCCAGUAACUAAUGUGAUUGGUUAUGGUCAUAUAGGCGAUGGUAAUUUACAUUUGAAUAUUACUGCAAAUUCUUAUGAUUCUCAAAUUACAAAUCUUAUUGAACCAUAUGUUUACAAAUGGACAGAAAAACACAAGGGAUCUAUUUCAGCAGAACACGGACUUGGUUUUAUGAAAGCAAAUUAUAUUGGUUAUUCAAAAUCUAAACCAAUGAUUGACACGAUGAAAAAACUAAAAUCUAGCAUUGAUCCAAAUGGAAUAAUGAAUCCUUACAAAUUUUUUCCAAAUUAA